AUGGAUUUCUAUAACGUGUCGGUCUUGUAUGAUCACACCUCCCUGGUUGCAGUGAACUCAUCUGAUGCUUCAACAGGUGGGGAUCAUGAUGCCUACUACAACAACGCCAUCUUGCCCAUCAUAUUCGGCAUCAUCUGUUUCCUGGGCAUUAUGGGUAACUGCAUGGUCAUCUACACCAUCCUGAAGAAGACCAAGUGCCGCGCCAAGCAGACCGUCCCCGACAUCUUCAUCUUCAAUCUCUCCAUCGUCGACCUCCUCUUCCUCCUCGGGAUGCCCUUCCUCAUCCACCAGUUGAUGGGCAACGGUUCGUGGUGCUUCGGCGCCACUAUGUGCACAGUCAUCACCGCGCUGGACUCCAACAGCCAGAUAGUGAGCACCUACAUCCUCACGGUCAUGACUCUGGACCGCUACCUGGCCACGGUCCACCCCAUCCGCUUCAACUACAUUCGGACGCCGUGCGUGGCAACCGGGGUUAUCGGUCUAGUAUGGACGCUGUCGUUGCUGACCAUCAUCCCGGUGUGGAUGUACGCAGGCCUCAUGCCUCUGCCUGGCGACCUUGUGGGCUGUGCCCUGCUUCUUCCCAAUCCGGCCACUGACAUCUACUGGUUCACUCUCUACCAGUUUGUCCUGGCUUUUGCCCUGCCUCUCCUCAUCAUGUGCGUGGUCUUUUUCAAGAUCCUCCAGCACAUGGCCACCAGUGUGGCCCCCUUGCCCCCCAGGAGCCUGAGGGUGCGCACCAAGAAAGUAACCCGUAUGGCGGUGGCCAUCUGCCUGGCUUUCUUCAUCUGCUGGGCCCCUUACUACAUCCUCCAGCUGGUUCACGUUGGAGUCCAGAACCCCAGCCAAGCCUUCUCCUAUGCCUACAACAUAGCCAUUAGCAUGGGCUACAUUAACAGCUGCAUCAAUCCGUUCCUCUACAUUGUGUUGAGUGAGACCUUCAAGAGGCAGCUCAUCGUGGCCAUGCGGCCGGUCCACAGGAAGUUCCGGGUCAAACCCACUAGCACCACAGAGGGUAGUGUUAGUCUGAGAUUGGCCCCUGAGAGACCCCAGCAGGAUCAGAGCUCCAGGGAGCUGCUGCCUGCCAAUAUGGCCGCCCACUGAGGCCCGUUGUAUGACACAUUUUUUGUUUGUUGAACCUUUAUUUAACAAGACCCCUUUUCCAAGGGAGACUUGGUAUGGCCAGUGGAAGAUGGUAUGAGAUCAGUGUAUGGAUCAGGGUACAAUAAUGGUGUAUAGGAAGAACUGUGUAUUGGAUCACUGAAUUUGAACAGUGUACAGGCAGGAACAGUGUAUUGAAUCAAUACAGGGUAGGGUUGCGAAAAUCCAGAAAACCCGGUUGAAAGAUUGCCAGAAUCAGGAAGUAAUAAGCAGGAAAUCCGAAAUCCUCCAACCAGGAUUUCUGGAAAACCUUGGAAUUUUGGGAAAGUUGCCGGAUUUUUGCAACCCUUGUACAGUCAGUGACAUUGUAUUGAAUCACUGUAUGGGAGCAAUGAUGUAUGUCUACAUGGGAACAGUUAAUGGAUCGAUCAGAACAGAAGAAGAAGAAGAAGAAGAAGAAGAAGAAGAAGAAGAAGAAGAAGA